UUUUGCGACACCCAUCAUGCACCUUGCCAGUACCGUGACCCCACGGUUGCUAUUUCCGGUGUCCAUGUGGUGUUCGUUCUGCGGGCGGGAGAGUUUCUAACGCCGGUUACGCGCCAAACUGCACGGGAACGUCUGCCAUCAGCGCAUCUGCCGUGUAAUUCUGCAGGUAUCAAGCAACCAUGAGAAGCCGUGGCCAACAUAUUGAGCUUGGAGAUGUCACUCCACAUAACAUCAAGCAGCUGAAGAGACUGAACCAGGUGGUGUUUCCUGUCUCAUACAACGACAAGUUCUACAAGGACGUGUUAGAAGUCGGAGAGCUUGCAAAACUGGCGUACUACAAUGAUAUUGUUGUGGGAGCCGUGUGCUGUCGUGUGGACCAGACUGAGGACUCGCGUCGGCUGUACAUCAUGACGCUAGGAUGUCUUGCACCAUACCGCAGACUCAGGAUAGGGACUGUUAUGCUGAAUCAUGUGUUGAAGAUCUGUGAAGAAGAUGGCAACUUCGACAAUGUUUUCUUACAUGUGCAGAUCAACAAUGAAGGGGCCAUCCGAUUCUACCAGAAGUUUGGAUUUGAGAUCAUUGAGACAAAAAAGCAUUACUACAAGAGAAUAGAGCCAGCAGAUGCACAUGUACUGCAGAAAACAUUUGGAAGAGGCAUCACUAUAGAGAGACCAAUCAACAACCAAGAACAGCAGGAGGACAUGUCAUAAAGUGUAAUGAGUACUGUAUAUCCAACCAGCAUAUUGUUUCAGUGUAUUUUAUUGACUGUGUAUUGUCAAUAAGUCAAAUACUAGUAAACAAACUGCCUCCAUUUGGUCACAAAUGAAGAACACCUCUCAUCUGUUAAACUUAGCUUUUAUAAUUUGUGAAAAUAGUUACGUAGCGAUUUGUUUGCAUAUUCAUGACUACUGAAGGGGAAGAGAAAGAGAGAAGGGGAAGUGACUUGUUUGAGAAUAAAAGUGAUUGUUAAGUACUACCGCUGGCAUGGCUAAGGAAUGAAAAUCUGCACAUCCAUAUCUGCAUGCUAGUAACACCUGCUGUAAUCUAUGGUGAUCCAUUACUUCAUACUGCUCUGUAAGAACUAUCAUGCCUUUAAAAUUGUUCUAUGUCAAAUAAGACCUGUUGGUGACCUUGUUCUGGUGAUAUGUGUAGAUUUGAAACAGACAUAAUUUCUUCAUAUUUCAUUCAUCCUGCAAACUUAAAGUUGCUAGAGUAGGAAUGUUGUAUCUCACAAAAUAUACACACAAGCUCUGAAAUGACAAAUUAGUGUCAGAUGUAAUUCAUGCAUAAUAAAACGUACAUGGGCUAAAGUAGCUCACAAGGUAACAAAUAUUUUUCAACUCAAUAGAAAAUGGAGAUGGUGCACUGUGGGCAAUACUUAUGUGAGGAGAUAGUGGAUUGAGGGUAAUGCAUGUAGAGUAUAUUUUUCCUGACGUUUAGUUGUAAACUAGUAGUUGUUUUAAUGAAGUGUCUGACAUGUAUCGCAACAUGGAAAAGCUUCUGCAAAAAUAAAAGAUUGAUUUACAAAGACGAA